GGAAGUCUCUAGGAGGUCUGCAUGAUCAGCCAGAGUCAUCUGAUGUUGCUCGCGGCUGCAGGACCUGUUCCUGUUCACUGCCCACGAUGAUCGAAUAGAUGGGGCGCGCGUCAUAGUACGCCUCCACCUCCUCUUGACUGCAACGGCCACCUUGUUCCUAGCUCCAAUCCCAGCUAGACUGCCAGACACGAUCUCACUAGACGUCCGAACUCAACCGCACUGAACGUCCCUUCACGAUCGUAUCAGACCCCCGACUAUCACACAAUGGUCCAAGCAACGGAGAAGCGUAUAUACCUAACGCGCCAUGCGCAAGCCGAGCACAACGUCGCGGAUGACUACUCCAUCCACGACGCCCCACUCACCGCCCUCGGGCGCGAGCAAGCCGCGAAGCUGCACGCCGACACCAAGGACAACAUCCAGCAGACCGCCGACCUCCUCGUCACGAGCGGCCUCCGGCGCACCAUGCAGACCGCGAUCAUCGGCUAUCCCGAGCUCCGCAAGCGCUUAGAGGCGGCCGGCAAGCCCGUCGUCGUGCUCCCCCAGCUGCAGGAGUGCAAUGACCUGCCCUGCGAUACUGGAUCUAACCGCGAGAUCCUCGAAGGGGACCCCGAGUUCGCCGGCCUGGACUUGAGCACGCUGGAGCCCGGGUGGAACUCCAAGAAGGGGUUCUAUGCCUGCGAUCCUGCCUCGCUUCAGGCCCGCGCGCGAUGGGUCCGCCGCUGGCUGCGCGAGCGGCCCGAGAAGGACAUCGUCGUCGUCUCCCAUGGCGACUGCUUGCGUUACAUCACCGAUGGACGCAACAGCUUGAAGCUCUGGGCGAACACGGAGGUGCGCGUCUACAUGUUCAAGGCGGAAGACGACGAGGAGGCUUCCUUGGAGUUGGUCGACAAAGUUGUGAAGGAGGGCAAGAACGAGCCGACGUCGACCACGAUGGAGGGAACCGCGUAGACAGGUUCAGAGCAGCAGUCAAUGAUAAAGGAACGCACGUAGGUUAGCGAGGUGUAGCUGAGAGGUCAGCAAGUUGAGGUGGAAGGGUCCGAACGCGAUUUGCUGAACUUGAGGACGGCAGAA